AGUGCUAAAAAAAAAAGAAAAUCAUAAUGAAGCAGAAGAAAUAGAUCAACGUACAAUGUAUGUUACGAUGCUACAUAUGGAAAUGAACAUUAUAAAAUACCUUUUCAAAAAGUUGCAAGAAGAAGAGGCUCAAGACAGCAAGGCUAUACGAAGUUCUGAGAUGAUUCAAGAUCACCUACAAAAGUUUAAACAUGAAUAUUUCAUGUUAGAAGGUACAAUAAAAAAGCUAACAAUGAAACUGGAAAAGUUACAGAAACAACUGAUGGGUACAAAUUUGGCUGACGAUGAAGCAGUAGAGAAACUUAUUGAGUCCGUACAGAAGCUGGAAUUUGCUUUGGCUCAAAAGAAGAAGAAACUGGAAGAAUUAGAAAAAGAGAUAACUGAGUUUAAGGAAUACCCUAAAGUGGCCAAUGAGAACGAAAAUGAAAAUGGAAAUGGAGUGUGUAAUACCAGUGAACAUCUAAAGCAAAGUGAGCUGGAAAAAGGUGUUUCAAUUAACAUGCUGAUACGUGAGAUUAGCAAUGCUAAACAAAAAUUGGAAACUACAUCUAGCAAAUAUAUUUCUCUGAAAGAGCAUAUUCAAUGUCUUGAGCUGGAUAUGUUGUCAAUAAAAGAUAUCCCAGAGAAAUGGGAACACCUAGAGAAAAAUUAUGAGGAUUUAGAAGAGAAAGUCCUAAUCUUCAAAAAUCUUACACAAGAGCACAUGAGCCAGAGGAAGUUGGCAAAUCUGAGUGAACAGUAGAAGACAAGGCCCU